AUGGAGGUGACUACGGACCAAUCCCGCUGGGUCAGUCACCAUCACCCGGCAGUUCUGAAUGGCCAGCAUCCAGACACUCACCACCCCGGGCUCAGCCACUCUUACAUGGACCCCUCACAGUACCCUCUGCCAGAGGAAGUGGAUGUACUUUUUAACAUCGACGGACAAGGCAACCACGUCCCACCUUACUACGGAAACUCUGUUAGGGCCACGGUACAGAGAUAUCCUCCGACCCAUCAUGGGAGCCAAGUUUGCCGCCCUCCUCUUCUUCACGGAUCCCUGCCCUGGCUGGACGGUGGCAAGGCCUUGGGGAGUCACCACAGUGCUUCGCCCUGGAACCUCAGCCCCUUUUCCAAGACCUCCAUCCACCACGGCUCCCCAGGACCCCUCUCGGUCUACCCACCGGCCUCAUCUUCUUCACUGUCCGGCGGUCACUCUAGCCCGCACCUCUUCACCUUCCCACCUACCCCUCCGAAGGAUGUUUCCCCGGAUCCGUCCCUUUCCACACCAGGCUCAGCUGGUUCAGCUCGGCAGGAUGAGAAGGAGUGCAUUAAAUACCAGGUGUCCCUUCCCGACACCAUGAAGCUGGAGUCAUCUCACUCCCGAGGCAGCAUGGCUACACUUGGGGGAGCCUCUUCGUCUGCCCACCAUCCCAUCACCACUUAUCCUCCCUACGUUCCCGAAUAUAGCUCUGGACUCUUCCCUCCUAGUAGCCUGCUGGGAGGAUCGCCCACAGGGUUCGGAUGUAAGUCGAGGCCAAAAGCAAGAUCCAGCACAGAAGGCAGGGAGUGUGUAAACUGUGGGGCGACCUCAACCCCUUUGUGGAGGAGAGAUGGUACUGGUCACUACCUGUGUAAUGCCUGUGGACUCUACCACAAAAUGAAUGGACAGAACCGACCCCUCAUUAAGCCCAAGCGAAGGCUGUCUGCAGCCAGAAGAGCAGGUACGUCCUGUGCAAACUGUCAGACCACCACUACUACCCUGUGGAGGAGAAAUGCCAACGGAGAUCCCGUGUGUAAUGCCUGUGGGCUCUACUAUAAGCUGCACAAUAUUAACAGACCCCUGACUAUGAAGAAGGAAGGCAUCCAGACCAGAAACCGAAAAAUGUCUAGCAAAUCCAAAAAAUGCAAAAAGGUUCACGACAGCCUGGAGGACUUCCCCAAGAGCAGCUCGUUUAAUCCGGCCGCCCUCUCCAGACAUAUGUCUUCCCUCAGUCAUAUUUCACCUUUUAGCCAUUCCAGUCACAUUCUGACUACUCCAACACCGAUGCACCCACCAUCCAGCCUCUCUUUCGGACCUCACCAUCCUUCCAGCAUGGUCACUGCCAUGGGUUAG